GAGAGAGAGAGAGAGAGAGAGAGAGAGAGAGAGAGAGAGAGAGAGAGAGAGAGAGAGCAUUCGGGUUUUCAAUUGAUCUGACACAACUUCCUUGAUGUUCUGCUGCAUUGUUGCCGACAUCAUAUUCAGGAUGCCUAAAGCAGGUGUAGAGGCGAUCAAGCGCCAUUUUGAGAAACUUGGCGUGCAUGGGGAGUCGGGGAAAGGGAACUACAAUUGGAAAUGUCGGUACUGCAAACUGGUGUGCCCUGGGAUCACGAAGCACUGUGCAGAGCACUUCAAGUCCACGACGAAAGGGCCCAGGUGCAACAUGAAUAGGGUAGGCGGCAAGGAGAAGGGAACAGCAACUUACUUUGAUAUCUUAUCUCAGUCGAUUUACGAAGUUGGCGGGAAGAGUGUUGUUGGAGUGAUCAUGGACAACGUUGUUGGGUGCGCGAGAGCUGACAGAGUGGUGGAGGAUACAUUCCCGCUAACCUUCCAUGUGUCAUACGUUGUGCACUGCCUCGACUUAAUGAUGCACGAUAUUGGGAAGAUAGAGUGGGUGGCUGGAACGGUGACGAAGGCGAACGACAUGGCGAAGUUCGUCAUGAACCACCAGCGAGUCAAGGAUGUUUACUACAUCCAUGCAGGUGGAAGGCAGUUACUGCGACCUACGGCAACGCGUUUCGCCAUCAACUUUCACAUGCAGGACCACUUGAAGAAGCAACGAAAAGCGUUGGUGGCUAUGGUCACAGACGACAUGUGGACAGCGGCGUUGGUCCCCCAUGCGGAGCGCUCGACCCUCCACGAGAUGGAAGACAUCAUACUCGAUGCAGCAGGUUUUGGGGAUCUUGUGAACAAGGCAAUACUGGCGGAUGGCAACGGUCCGACCAUCAGCAAGGUUUAUGCGAAGAUGGACAGGAUAGUGGAACACCUGCGACUCGGAGUUAACAAGGACCUGACAGUGGAUCAGCGAGACGAAAUCGAGGUGAUGGUCAUGCGCAGAUGGAAUGCCAUGACCAGUCCCCUCCAUCGUGCAGCCCUGUUCCUAGAUCCAGAGUACAGGUUGUCUCAGCCGCACAAGGAUGCAGAGAUCCAAGAUGGAUUCUACACCUGGCAGAUGUCAGAGAGGGCCAAAGACCUUAUUGAAUGGGAUGACCCACCAACAGAGGAGGAGCAAAAGGAGGCCAAAGAAAGGGUGAAGGUGGUUGAGCGGCGAUUGAAGAGUCUUACCUCAGUUGGUGAUAGUGUUGUUCCACUAGCUGAUGGCGGGGAUGAUGAAGAUGGGGAUGAAGUUGUUGUUCCCUGCCGUGAAGAAUGCAACCUGGAGGAGAUUGAGGAGGGUCAGCAUGGGGACUAGCAUGGAUAGACGAAGGCAGACAACUUUUAUUUAAACGUUUCCAAACAGAUGUGCGAAGGAAGGCACGCACCUUGGGAACAGAGGACCACAUGUGUGCUCACAAGAAGGGAGGCGGUGACACACUGCCUCAUGGUGCUGCAACGACAGCACCAUAAAAGGAGACCGGGACAUCGUCGCCACAGCCUGAUCUUCAACGCCAAAAAAAACCUAGAGGCAGACCAAGAAAAACACCAGCAACGGAUCUAGACUGUUUAGAUGCUGUGACUGCG